AUGGUUAUAUGUGGGGAGAAGUACCACAAAAUAGGUUCAUUGUUCCCAACAGUGGGUGAAAAGCCAAAAUUUGCUCAGCUUUAUGUCUUUGAGCCUGAGAAUGAGAUAGACAAUCGUCUCUCAAAUUUUGCCUCGAGAGAGACAAGGCUGCUUCCAGAGUUGCUGACUUCUUGGUUGCAUAUGUUGGAUCAACACAAUGAGUUGGUGAAGACAUUCAGAAGAGUUCGACAACAAUUACAAGAUUCUACUACUCCAAAUAUCAAACUUAGAAUAUUUGGUGCCAAGAGUCGGAAUAGGCAGUAUGACUUGCCAACAAGCACUGAGAUUUCAGCACUCAUUCCAGGUGAUUUUAUUACAGAUAGAGAUGAUCGUGAUGUCAUCGCUGACCAUAUUUCUGAGGGGUUGAAGCGCAUCACAAGUUUGAACCCAAAAUUUGACGCUCUACAUUUCCCUUUGUUGUUCCCAUAUGGUGAAGACGGAUAUCACCCUCUCAUCAAGUACAACCCAGUGUACUAUCCUCCAUCUAUGCGUAGGAAGUUUGUAACGCACCGCAAAUACUAUGCAUUCAGAUUGCAGUACCGAACUAAUGAAGGCCACACACUGAUCCAAGCUGGGAAAGCACUUCAGCACUAUUGCAUCGAUGCUUUUUCAUCCAUUGAGCUUAAUCGUCUUGCUUUCUUGCGCUAUCUGAUAACGAUGUUAGCUAGUGGCCUGUGGAUACUCAUAAGAAACCCUCCUGACAUCCCAGACGAUUACACAAGGAAUAUAGUCUUCACUGAAGCAUUCAGCGACAUUGCAAGCGACUGA